AUGGUUUCAAGUUUGCACUAUCUAACUCAUCUACAUAAUUUUCAACAGGUUCGUUAUGGUGACGAGUAUCCUAAAUUCUUCAUCUAUUGGACUGCUGAUGCUUAUCAGGGAACAGGUUGUUAUAAUUUGGAGUGCUCAGGCUUUGUUCAAACCAGCCAAAACAUCGUACCUGGAGCUGCAAUUCGGCAAUAUUCAACUUAUAAUGGCCCACAAUAUAACAUUACUUUAUCUGUUGAAAAGAGUCCUAAAGAUGGGCAUUGGUGGCUAAAAUAUAACGAGGAUGAAGUUGGUUAUUGGCCAAAAGAAAUAUUUACAAAUGAACUCAAAGAUCAUGCAAAGGACGUGGAAUUUGGGGGUGAAAUUGUAGAUAGCAGAAGUUCGAGGGCCCAUACAACAACACAAAUGGGGAGUGGCCAUUUUCCAGACGAAGGCUAUGGGAAAGCAGCUUAUAUACGAAACAUAGAAGUGCUUGAUGAAAAUUACGAAAUAGCCCCCGCAACAGAACUCGAAUAUGUCCCUCCUGAGAAACCGAAUUGUUAUUGGGCAGGAAGUGGGUCCCCCAGUGAAACUUGGGACACUAAAUCGACCCCUGAAGAAUCCCUCAGCCCAAAAAAGCCGACCCCUCCACUGCCUACUGGCCUAGCUAAGUCGGGUCCCACGCAUCGAGAUACCCCAAAAAGUCAAUUCUCCCCGAAGCCCAAACUCCAUAAAGCUCCACGACGUCGCAUUAUCGAGCCGACUAACACCACUAGCAACUCGGUUCCAACGACAAACGCACCAGGAUCCCGCGCCAGAAAGGGGAGAGAGCACAUCCGAAGAAGAAGCAUCUCUAGCCGCUUCGGCAGGAAGCUAAGAGACGCCGAAGCCGCACCCGACCCAUUCCUGCAGCACCUCACCUCGCCCAAAACCCCCCGCAGCAACACAACACCGCAGUGGACAACAAAAAGCAACAGUGGCGGAACAACACCGCCGAACCAAAGCACUGGAGCCGCACCAAACCUCUGCACCGAAGCGACAGGGCUCCAGCAUCGCCGCACCACAAUACCAUCGCCGAACCACCGCACCGGCCAAGCGAGGAUUUGGGCGAAAAAUAGUCAAUUUCGCAUCAAGGCUGACGAGAGAGGGCCGAGUGGCUAG